CGACUAUUUCCCCACGGUCCCAAUUGGGGUAAUUCUAGAAACACGGCAAAUUGCAGCGACAUAAAUGGCCAGUAAUGGCCCUUGUCCAUAGUUCAGGGAGAUUUGCCGAAUGCUGGGCUGUGCGGGGGACAGACACAAUAGCGUUUGUUAGACUUAAAUGGGCUAAGCGAGCUUGAAUCAGCAGCAACGCAUUGUUUUAGUGUUUUAGCGAAGAGGGGAAAUGGCCACCAGGUUGGCGACGCUUGAUACCGAACCGAGAGGGCUACAGAGGAAUUUGUAUAAAGAUCUCGAAAGCUGCCCACCAGUUUGAACUGAAGAGAAAGAGUAUCUACAUCUACAUCUUCAUCGCUUAACAUUCAUAUCCUCUCUUACACAAUGGAGCUCCUCGUCCUUCUCUCUUGUCUGUCUCUUGCUCUGGCCGGGCCCACUGCCAUUAAGCGCGAGGAGCCUGCGCCGCUGCUGAUCCCCCGUGGCGCCAAUCUUAUUCCCAACAACUAUAUUGUUAAGCUCCACAAGGAUACCCAUCCCAGCGUGCUCGACACUGUUAUUUCUCAAUUACACGUCCAGCCCAAGCACAAAUACCGCGGUGCGUUCAAGGGGUUUGCUUCCAAGCUUGAUGCUGUCGCACUGGACGCUCUUCGUCACCACCCCAAUGUCGAAUAUAUUGAGCAGGACCAGACUGUUACUCCUGAUGGAGUUGUCACCCAGUCUGGCUCUACGUGGGGCCUUGGUCGCAUCUCUCACCGUGCCCAGGGCAGUAAGCAGUACACCUACGACACUGCUGGAAGCGGUGCCGGUGUCUGCGCAUACGUGAUUGACACUGGUAUUGAGACCAGCCACCUUGAAUUCGAGGGCCGUGCCCAAAUGGUUGGCCACUGGAACGGUGAUGACGACUCUGACAACUGCGGCCACGGAACUCACGUUUCUGGUACUAUUGGAAGCAAGACAUACGGCGUGGCUAAGAGCAUCAACCUGUACGGCAUGAAGGUUCUUGAGUAUAACGAGGACUCUGGCAAAUGUGGUGGUCCGACCUCUGCCGUCAUUGCGGCCAUGAACAGCGUUGCUGAUGACGCCGCCAAGCGCAACUGCCCCAACGGCAUUGUUGUCAACAUGUCUCUUGGUGGUCCCAACUCCAAUGCUCAGGAUGACGCUGCCCGCAACCUCAUCAAGCAGGGCAUCUUUGUCGCUGUCGCUGCUGGCAACGACAACGCCGACGCUUCUACUCACUCGCCUGGCAAUACUCCUGAAGUCUGUACUGUCGGUGGCACUGCUGAGGGCGACACACGCUACGUCAACUCCAACUGGGGUCCUCUGGUUGACAUUCUCGCCCCCGGUGUUAAGGUCUUGUCCACCUACAUUGGCGGCACUACCAAGUCGCUCACUGGUACCUCCAUGGCUACUCUUCACAUUGCCGGUCUUGCUGCAUACAUUGCUAGCAGAGAUAAUAUUGUUGCCGGACCUGCUCUGUGCGACUACAUUGUUCAGACGGCUACUCAGGAUGCCAUUACCGAUAACCGUGCUGACACUGUCAACAAGCUUGCCUUUAACGGUGCUACAUAG